AUGGACACCCUGGUUAUCCAACAUCUGCGACAAAAGGAGGAGGAGCGGGAGGCAGUUCUAAAGAAAGCCCUUGGCAAGGAACUCAUCUUGCGGAUUCCAGAAGAAGAGGCCUUGGCCAUGAAAGCUGACCUCCGCCUACCUUGGUUUGCCCUUGGAAAGCAUUACCCUGUUUUUAACUCUAGGGACAAAAAUGUCAUCUUGUUUGCUUUUGGUGACUAUGAGUAUAUCUGCCGUAUGCUUGGAAUAUUUGGUGCAAGCGGUAAGAAAAGCCAAGGUGCAGAUAACAUUUGUCCAAUCUCAUUGUUCAAAGUAGAAAAUAAAUGCAUAUUGCUCACACCCUAUACUUUUUUUAUGUUUUCACAGAUAUGUGUGCCUGUCCUACACAUAAGCCUUGGACUCUUUUUCAAGUUUUAUGACCAUAUUGAUUGCUAAGCAUAAGGCCAAGUCAUCUGGUGAACAAACUGGUGACACAGAUUUUGAUCAAUAUGUUAAGACUCUGCAUUCAGCUGAAUGACACCGUGAAAAGGCGAGGAAACUGAGGAAGCAGGCCAAGCAAGCAUAGGAGCACAUUACAUUUAAGAUAACCAAUGAUGGCUUACAGUGUGACGAGGAAUAUGUUCACCCCUACCUCACUGGCCUAGUAAAGUUAGUAGGGGAUCUCUCAAAAA